AUGAUGAUGAUAAGCCAGCUAGCACUCAAUUUUAUGAUGAUAACAGUGAAAGGACACUACUUGCAGCGAAGAAUGGUCACUCAAUGCGAUGUUCUCAAUGAUCAGAUUUUGAUGACUGGAGACUCACAGUGGGAACCAUCAGAAAGGUUCAACGGAAGAUCCGAGUACUUCCAGAAGCGCGACUGUGAAUUUGGACGAGUGUGGGAUGUGAUGUUUUGCACCCGCGUUUGCGAGCUACAGGAAGGCGAUAUCUGCAACCCGAGCGUCAACCCAGGAUUGGACAUGUGCCGAGAGGACUUGGAAUGCGUCAGAAAUAAUGAUCUGCCGGACAAUUUGGGCGUCUGCGAGCAAAUCGUACCGAUCGACCUCGAUUUGGACUACAAUUUCUACGACUUGAUGGAAAGUAUGCUUAAUUAA